AUGGCAUCACAGCCGAGCAGCAGGCAGGGCAGUGCCCAAAACACACCAUCGAACACCCCGAUUCCCGCAGAAAAGAUCGUGAAUCACAUGUUCGAAUGCGAGUCGCCCCAUGUCAACAGCAGCGGUGAGACAGUACUGCGACCACAAGAUGCUGGUUAUGUCGUCGAUUACCAGCCGACUCUGCAAGAGGUCCGUGUGGUUGUUCAAAACCGUGGACCAGAGUACACGGUAGUAGCGAAGUUGAAAUGCAUUCGCAUUUACGCCCUUCGAAGGGCAGAUAGAAUCCUUCCUGUUGAGAUCGUAGGCAACGAGAAGCCUACAUUGAAAGUUUCCCUCAGUCAGCUUGGUCCAACACAGAGUUUUGGUGGACGGCAAGACAUUCGGACCCAUUUCUCGGCUUUGAUUUCUGGCAUCAUGGAAAUGCAAGCAAACCAGAAGCUGCUUCCGGAGUUCAAAGCAGAGAUCCUCCACUGGGUGAGCGACAAGAACAAGGUCCGCGAAACUUGUACAAUGCUCAGGGACGUCAUGCGACCGGAAGUCGUCAAAGUGUUGACCAGACCGGACUUCACUCUACGGGAGGUCAUUGAUGCUGGCCAGGUCAUCGAAGACAAGAACCAUACCGCCGGAGUCUACCUUCGCUUGUACUCUGACUUCAAGAGCGGCAACUGGGCUGGCAAGGCGCCUUUCCUGUAUGUUGGCCAGACCGGCGAUAUGUGGAGACGCAACAGUGAUCAUGACUCGGCGAUCAACAACCCAGCAAAAGAUCAAGCCUAUCACUACCAACUCGCCCAAGCGGCCACGCGCUCCAUCAAGGUGCAGAUCAGCCGCGACAAGAACACGGAAGGAGGAAAUGCGAAGAGAGCGCAAGGCCUGAGGACCAUCCUGGAACAAUUGAUGGUUCUCAUGCUCCGUACGUACAGUGAUCGACAGCUGAACUGGAGGAGGGAUUAUGGCCAGAAGAGCGUCGAUCAGGCAAUUGCGGAGAACUUCGAGACGCGCAAUCAUUGCAACAUAUUCAUGACCGUUUCAACACAGGCCAUGGAGCUCUCAGACUUUCCGUACCCUGGCCGGCCAUUCCGACCGAAGCCCUUUGGCACUGAUGGCGGCUGCAACGGGAGUAGUCCCUGGACUGAAAACAUGGACUCAUGGGAGAAGGUUCAAUGGACUGUCCAAGAGCUCCAGGACAGAUGGGUCCUUCAGCGCUCUUCGUUGAGGGCUGACGUCGCUGCCCGCAUGUUCGUGAUCCGGCUGUACCAAGACAACAAACGCAAGGAGGUCUGCCACAUCGAUCUUCCAUUGUCAGGCACGGUCCAUGGGGGCUCCAGGUCCGAUUGGAAGCUGGUCCCAGGAGCAGAUCAUCCGCAGGUCGGCGACGAUGUGUACCCCAUUUAG